AUGGCUUGGUUGACAUAUUUUAGUUCAUUUAUUUUAGAAAACAACGAAUACGACGAUGCCUUACCAACACCAGCAGCAUCUCCCAAACCAUUCAGUCAACCAUCUACUCGUCGCAAGUUUAGUAUACCAACGACAUUUCCUGGUCAGGUACGACGUACUGGUAAACCAACAGGGAAACAAGACAACCAAUCUUUGAUGAUCAAGUUCAUUAAAUUCUUGUUCACCUCGGCCAAAUCUGAGAAUAAUCCUGAUCUGAAAUACGAACAGCCAGGAAAAGAGCUGGUGUCAAAGCUUUUCGAAGUCAAGAAAGCGACUAUUGGCCUGUCCAAACCACUAAUGAAGUACGGCAAACUUCUGCUAGAAGAUUUUAUAGAUAUGAUAAAGAAGGUAGAUAAAGCUGUGAAAAACAACAACAUCUUUCAAGCCAAACACCUUGUGGGAGAAUACUUCAUUGCCGUUAACCGCAGGUUCGCUAGUAUCUUCAUCCACGCAGCGAGUAGCGGUCUAUUUGACUUAAAAUCUGGCAAUGACAGCAUUGUUGAAGUCAAGAGAGAAUUCGACGAGCACUCCAAGAAAGCAAAAUCGAUCGUUGGUUAUAUUCUCAAAAACUUCAACCAGUUCCGUGUCAGUGAUGGAAUCCCUGAUGGUCCUUUUGUCAAGCUUGGAGUUCAGACAGCUAAAAUCUACAUACUAGCAUUCCAACAGUCGAUAAAAAUGGCUAAAGUCGAGUCAUCCAUGAUCAUUGACAUGAUUGCAGACAUGGUGAGAUUAGGUGUUGAUAUGAAAAAUCGCGAAGCUGCAGUACAGAGGGCCGCUGCAAGUAUUCUCUCUAUGGUCCGCAGACAGACCAAGAUUAAUGUUGCCGUUGAACGUGCCUAUAGCGUUAAAAAGUGCUAUAAUCCCAGACCAAGGGAUGUCGAUGAAGAUGAUGCUGACUUGCAGAAUAUUUAAGGAUGUUUCGCAAAAAKAAGAAUCGGUUGCUGAACCACCAUACAUUACUACAUUUGAAGGAAAACUACUGAGUGCAAA